GUCUGUGCCUCUGUGUAUCUGCCUCCUCUCUCUUGAAUUCUCUCUCUCCCCAUCUCUCAUUCUCUCUUUCUCUCUCUGUCUCUGUCUGUCUCAAUCUCUCACUGUCUCUCUCUCAUCCUCUCAUCGCAGCCACUGUCAUAUCACAUCUUCCUCCAGAACACACACCUUCCUUCACCAGACAGGCUGCUUCACAUCGCACCGAGCACUCCCUGCCCCACAUUUCUACACAGUUCUGAUAAUCUCACAGCAAAAUCAGGGCUCGCCGGAUAUCUGGAAAAUUACUGGAACGCUUACACGAGGCUGGCUGCCUUCUGAAGCUGGGGUGGCCGAUUGUACGAGCUACGAGCUCCCAGGCUCACAGACAGGCCAACCAUGACCUUCAGCUGCUUGACCCUUCACCCUGGCCGCUCCUACAACUCCCUGACCGACAUCACCGACAAGUACAGCAUUGGGCAGCGGCUGCGAGCGAAGGAGUUCUGUGAGAUCUGCCUGGCCAAGGAGAGAGCCACUGAUAAACUCUUCGCCUGCAAGAAGUUCCAGAAGAGAGACGGACGCAGAGUGAGGAGGGCAGCGAAGAACGAGAUUGGCAUCCUGAAGAUAGUGAACCACCCAAACGUCCUGCAACUCAUCGAUACGUUUGAGACCCGGGACGAAUACUUCAUCAUCCAGGAACUAGCCACCGGGGGUGAUCUCUUCGACUGGAUCCUGGAGCAGGGUUCCUACACAGAGCGGCACGCCAGCGACGUCAUCCGGCAGCUCCUAGAGAUCGUGUCCUACCUGCACGGCUUAAGGAUUGUUCACAGGAACAUCAAGCUGGAGAACGUGAUGUAUCACAGCACCAAGAACCCUUCCAAGGUGGUCAUCGGUGACUUCCACCUGGCGCGCUUCGAGAGCGGCACCCUCACCGACCCGUGUGGGACCCCGGAGUACCUGGCUCCGGAGGUGGUGGCCCGUCAUCGGUACGGACGUCCCGUGGACUGCUGGGCAGUGGGCGUCAUCAUGUACAUCCUGCUGUCGGGGAACCCUCCCUUCUACGACGAUUCGGACGACGAGGAGAACGACAGCCACAACCGGGCCAUAUUCCGCAAGAUCCUGGACGGAGACUUCGACUUUGACGCACCGUACUGGGAGGACAUCUCGGCAGCCGCCAAGGAGCUGGUGUGCCAGCUGAUGGAGGUGGACCAGGAGGCAAGGAUCACCGCCACUCAGGCCCUGGCUCACAUCUGGAUCGCCGGGAACGCAGCACUGGAAAAGAACCUCAAGCUCGGCGUCUGCACCCAAAUUAAGAAAAACUUCGCCAAAGCAAAGUGGAAGAAGGCUAUCCGUGCCACCACGAUGAUGCACCGCCUUCGAAACGCGGAGCAGAACCUCCCGUCCGGCCACCGGGACCCAGAGCAGAUCGUCCAAGGGGUGGAGGGGACUCUGCAGACGAUGAAGAACCCUCCCUCGCCCCUACCCUCGCUGCGAGAACGGGGAGAUCCCGCGCAGAAGGUGGAGACUCAAACAGAAAAGACAGUGCAAGGCCACUGAGCAAAUGUGCAGAACAGGUUGAGUUGGGCAGGCAUAGUGAGAGAGUUAGGGGAAGGCAAGGGAGUUAGAGGAGAGGGGUGGGUGUGUUCGACGA